UAAAUAAGAAAAAGGAAACGGUUGCGAGUGUUAAAGUGAUACCCUUUCCUUGCUUGCUGUUACAGUGCAACUCCUCGAGAAUCAAGUACCAUUGUUCGAUGGCAAUGAACAUAGACGACAACGUCGUUUCUUUAACCCCGAAAUUCCCUGUUUCCCAACUCAAUUUCUCUCUGGAAAUUAAGGGAAACAAAACAGAAAUCAUCAUUUCCAGUUAUGAAGAUCAUUUUCUGGUUGUUGCCACUCAAAUAGGUACCAUGGGGACAAUACUGCAUGCCAGGAAGGAAGAAGGGAUGUCAAUUGACCCAACAUUCAAUGUUUCUGUUUUAUUUGGCAAACGGGAUGAGCCAAUGUUAGUAGCAUGUGCACGCCAGCUGAUUGAGCAUAUGAGUGUAUCUGGCGUCUCCAGGCCGUUGGUGCUCUCUCUUGGCCUUAAAGACCAUUCUGCGGAGACAUUGAAAGGCAUUGUUUCUGCUGUGAUUGACAAGAGGUUGUGGUAACAAAUCAAUGAUGAAAGUUCAAAUUUCAGAUUUUAGUAUGCUGAAAUGCGCAUAGUUCAACCUGAUGGAGUUAGAAGUAAUAGUCAAUUACCAUAUGGUGACUAUUUUUCUACUUAACAUUUUUUUUGUUUGGCAGUGAAUCGAAUUGUAUUGACGUCUGGCAUUAUCAGAUUAUAGUAAUAGUAAACAAUACACAUUUAUUACUGCAAGUUAAUCUCAUUUUCUACUUCAGUUGUGACAGAUUGAAGUAUUCAAUUAUUGUUAUGAUGUAAUGCAAACUUGAAUUAAUAUAUAAUUUUUAAUGAGACAUUAAUUUACUGUUAUUACA